UCAAAACAAUAAUUUCAGUUUAGUAGAAAACGCGACGACGAUGGCCUCCCGGGGAAUUUUUUUAAUCGUCGUUUUUCUCGCGCUGUUUUGUACGUACGCGAAAAGUUGCGAGGAGUCGACGUUCCUCGACACCAACGUCACUUUAGUCGGCGCAAAAGAUGUGAAAAGGAUCACCGGCUGUUUUUCCCCCGUCGAAGACUUGGUCGACGUAAGAUACAUCCAGAUUUUAGAUCAGAACGUUCCGAUCUUAAAAAGGGACGCGAUCAACGGACUUCCGAAAUUGGUGGACAUUAUUAUCGACAACAGCAGCCUCGCCGAUCUGGAGAGCGGAUGUUUCUCGAAUCUGCCCAAGUUGUAUUUAAUCAAGCUGCGUCAUAAUAACUUUAAGACCAUUAGGGAGGGGGUUUUUAAUAAGCUCCCGCUGACAGAACUAUGCUUAUCCAAUAACAGCAUUGAAUCCAUUCAUCCUAGAGCUUUCAACGAUAUACCCAACUUGAGCAUAUUGCAACUGGACCAGAACAACUUGGGAUAUUGGUCGGCCGAUUGGUUUUUAGGCAGUCCAAAGAUAACCGUGCUGAAUUUCGAGUUUAACUGGAUCACGAGCAUUCCCGCGGGAGCGUUACAGAAUAUUAACGGGAUGCAUUAUGACCCGACGGCUAAUUUGAACGUUUCCACGCACGUGCAUUUGAAUAAUAAUCGAAUUAAGUAUUUGAGCGAGGGGGCUUUUGACGGUAUCGAGACUUUAGGCUGGUUGUUUUUGCACAAAAACGAAUUGGAGGAGAUCAGCGUCGGGAGUUUGGGCACCUUGAAAAUGGUGGACUGGAUCAGGCUGGAGCAUAAUCAACUCAGGUGCUUCCCCAGGAAACUGGUGGAUAUUUCCCCGAAAGUGUUGUGGUAUAUUAAUAAUAAUCCUUUGACCAACGAGUGUAGGAACUGGUAUGAGAGUUUGAAAAAUAGCACCAAUAGUGUCGCAUGAAAAACGUUUAUAUACUGAUGUUAUUAUGAAGAAGUAUUUAUUUGAAUGAUUGUCUAGUAUAAUGAAACCAUAUGUUUGUAAUAUGAUUACUUCUUAAGAUGUACUUGUAUUAGAAGUUACUUUAAUAUUGUAAAUCUAUUUUGUGUAUGAGUAACGUAUUAGCGUGACCCAGUUAAUUAUCUAAUUAAAUAAAAAUAACAUUUUAGGGCUCCAAAUCAAAAACAACAAUCAUGUGGCAAUAAAUUAACGAAUUUAAAUUAAAA